AUGAAACGGAGCUGCUGCCCGCCGCCGCCGCCAGCCGCCCGCCGGGAGGAUGGGGCUCAGCGGGCGGCAGAGCUGCCCCAGCCCCAGCCUCUACCCCUGCGCCGGCGAGGGCCGCCCGGGAGGCAGCGACUGGAGGAGCGGACUACCGGGCCCACAGGGCCCGAAGUCAAGGAGCAGGAUGUGAUAACUGGACUUAGAAGCCUGCUCUUCAGGAAGCUCAGUAAUCCUGACAUAUUUUCAUCCACUGGAAAAGCUAAACUUCAACGGCAAUAGGAUGACUGUCAGUUACAGAGAGGAAGCCUGGCUGUUCCUUUGUCUGGACUGAUGGGCGGCGCUAGUCUUUGGCCAAUCCCUUCUUCAGGCUAUGCAACCAACACUCCCAGCUGUACCGUCUCACUAUCAUGCUCCUCCCAGGAAAAGCGGCACCAGUUGCCCUUCCAGCCUACAGCCGAUGAGCUGCACUUCCUGACAAAGCAUUUCAGCACAGCGAGUGUGCCCGAUGAGGAGGGUCGGCAGUCCCCGGCCCUGCGGCCCCGCUCCUGCAGUCUCAGCCCUGGACGGUCACCAGUUUCCUUUGACAGUGAAAUAAUAAUGAUGAAUCAUGUAUACAAAGAAAGAUUCCCCAAGGCCACCGCACAAAUGCAAGAGCGUCUAGCAGAGUUCAUUUCCUCCAACACUCCAGACAGCGUGUUGCCCUUGGCAGACAGAACCUUGAGCUUUAUCCAUCAUCAGGUGAUUGAGAUGGCCCAAGACUGCCUGGAUAAAUCUCGGAGUGGCCUCAUUACCUCACGCUACUUCUACGAACUUCAAGAGAAUUUAGAAAAACUCCUGCAAGAUGCUCACGAGCGCUCAGAGAGUUCAGAAUUGGCUCUUGUGAUGCAGCUGGUGAAAAAGCUGAUGAUUGUCAUUGCCUGACCAGCGCGCCUCCUGGAGUGCCUGGAGUUUGACCCGGAGUUCUACCACCUGUUAGAAGCAGCUGAGGGCCACGCCAGAGAGGGACAAGGGAUUAAAUGUGACAUUCCCCGCUACAUCGUUAGCCAAUUGGGCCUCACACGGGAUCCACUAGAGGAAAUGGCCCAGUUAAGCAGCUAUGACAGUCCUGACACACCGGAGACAGAUGAUUCAGUUGAGGGCCAUGGGGCUUCUCUGACAUCUAAGAAGACACCCUCUGAAGAGGUCUUCGAAACCAUUAAGCUCAUCAGCAAUGGCGCUUAUGGGGCUGUAUUCCCGGUGACAAAGUCCACCCGACAGUACUUUGCCAUGAAGAAGAUCAGCAAGCAGAACCUGAUCCUGUGGAGUCAGAUCCAGCAGGUCUUCGGGGAGCGAGACGUACUGACUUUUGCUGAGAACCCCUUUGUGGUCAGCAUGUUCUGCUCCUUUGAGACCAAGAGCCACCUGUUCAUGGUGAUGGAGUGUGUCGAAGGAGGGGACUGUGCCACUCUGCUGAAGAACAUCGGGGCCCUGCCUGUGGCCAUGGUGCGCCUGUACUUUGCAGAAACCGUGCUCGCCCUGGAGUACUUACACAACUAUGGCAUCGUGCACCGUGACCUCAAGCCUGACAACCUGCUGACUACAUCUGUGGGGCACAUCAAGCUCACUGACUUUGGCCUUUCUAAAAUUGGCCUCAUGAGUCUGACCACAAACUUGUAUGAGGGCCACAUUGAAAAGGAUGCUCAGGAGUUCCUGGACAAGCAGGUAUGCGGGACCCCGGAGUACAUCGCGCCUGAGGUGAUCCUGCAUCAGGCCUGUGGGAAGCUGGUGGACUGGUGGGCCAUGGGCAUAAUCCUGUAUGAGUUCCUGGUGGGUUGCGUCCCUUUCUUUGGAGACACUCUGGAGGAGCUCUUUGGGCAAGUGAUCAGUGAUGAGAUUGUAUGGCCCGAGGGGGAUGAUGCCCUGCCUCCGGACGCUCAGGACCUCACGUCUAACCUGCUCCACCAGAACCCUCUGGAGAGACUGGGUACAGGCAGUGCCUGUGAGGUGAAGCAGCACCCAUUCAUUACUGGUCUGGACUGGACAGGACUUCUUCGCCAGAAAGCCGAAUUUAUUCCUCAGCUGGAGUCAGAGGAUGAUACCAGCUACUUUGACCCCCACUCAGAGUGAUACCACCACGUGGACUUGGAGUACGAGGAGGAAGUGAGUGAGGAUGGCUGCCUUGAGAUCCGCCAGUUUUCUUCCUGCUCCCCAAGGUUCAGCAAGGUGUACAGCAUCAUGGAGCGGCUCUCCCUGCUCGAGGAGCGCCGGACGCUGCCCCCCACCAAGCGCAGCCUGAGCGAGGAGAAGGAGGACCGCUUGGAGGGCCUGGCAGGGCUGAGGGGCCGAGACCGGGGCUGGAUGGUCGGCUCCCCGGAGAUCUUACGGAACCGGCUGUCAGUGUCGGAGUCGUCCCACACGGAGAGUGACUUGAGCCCUGCGCUGACCGUGCGUCGCCACUGCUCAGGCCUCCUGGAUACGCCUCGCUUCCCUGAGGGCACCGAGGAGGCCAGAGGCACCCCCAGGAGGCAGCAGCCGGAGGACGCAUGGCUUCUGACACCCCCGUCUGGAGAAGGGGGACCCGUGCCUGCCCCUGAACAGCUGGUGGAGUGGCGGCUGAAGCUGGAUGCAGAGCCUGUUGGCCAGAGAGGUGCUUCCAGCCCAGGUAUGAACCAGCAGGUGCCCAGAGGGCGUAGGCUGGAGGACACGGCGGGGAGGGGAGACUCAACUGCACUGCAGGUCUCACUGCUUAGUUGGCCUACAGGUGUGGAGACUCAAGGAGGCCGUGGGACCCCACAGCCGGCUGAGGGAGCCACAGCCAAGGCCAUCAGUGACCUGGCGGUGUGCAGGGCCCGCUACUGGCUGCUCUCUGGGGACUCGAUAGAAAAGCACAUCACUCACCCCGUCAACAAAGUGAUCGAGUCCGCCUUGGCCACAGCCCUGUCCCUUCUCAUUCCUGUGGAGCACCACACCUGCUCUCCACUGGCCAGCCCCAUGUCCCCACAUUCCCAGUCAUCCAACCCGUCAUCCAGGGACUCUUCUCCAAGCAGAGACUUCUUGCCAGCGCUCAGCAGCUCAAGGCCCCCCAUCAUCAUCCACCGAGCUGGCAAGAAGUAUGGCUUCACCCUGUGGGCCAUCUGUGUCUACAUGGGUGACUCGGACGUCUACACCGUGCACCACGUGGUAUGGCAUGUGGAGGACGGAGGUCCAGCCAGUGACGCAGGGCCAUCGGGGGACCUCAUUGCCCAUGUCAAUGUGGAGCCUGUGCACGGGCUGGUACACACAGAGGUGGUGGAACUAAUCCUGAAGAGUGGAAAUAAGGUGCCUAUUUCAGCAACUCCGGAGAACACAUCCAUUAAAGUGGGGCCAGCUCGGAAGGGCAGCUACAAGGCUAAGAUGGCCCAAAGGAGCAAGCGGAGCUGGAGCAAGGAUAGGCAAGAAAGCAGAGAAAGGAGCUCCCUAUUCCGGAAGAUCACCAAGCAGGCCUCCCUGCUCCACAUCAGCCGCAGUCUUCCUUCCCUUAACUGUUCCUUGUCAUCAGGGGAGAUUGGGCCAGGCUCUCCCACACAUAGCCACAGCCUUUCCCCCCGAUCUCCCACUCAGGGCUACGAGGUGACCCCUGAUGCUGUGCAUUCAGUGGGGGGGAAUUCAUCACACAGCAGCUCCCCCAGCUCCAGCGUGCCCAGUUCUCCAGCCAGCUCCGGUCACGCGCGGCCCAGCUCCCUGCAUGGUCUGGCACCCAAGCUCCAGCGCCAGUACCGCUCUCCACGGCGCAAGUCAGCGGGCAGCAUCCCGCUGUCACCCCUGGCCCACAGCCCUUCUCCACCAACAGCAGCCUCACCCCAGCGUUCCCCAUCACCCCUGUCUGGCCACGGAGCCCAGGCCUUCCCUGCCAAGCUUCACUUGUCACCUCCCUUAGGCCGGCAACUCUCCCGACCCAAGAGCGUGGAGCCACCCCGCUCACCACUACUUAAGAGGGUACAGUCAGCUGAGAAACUGGCGGCUGCACUUGCUGCUUCUGAGAAGAAGCUUGCCACUUCUCGGAAACAUAGCCUUGACCUGCCCUACCCUGAGCUAAAGAAGGAACUGCCACCCAGGGAAGUCAGCCCUCUGGAGGUAGUUGGGACCAGGAGUGUGCUGUCUGGGAAGGGGGCGCUGCCGGGGAAGGGAGUGCUUCAGCCGGCUCCCUCGUGGGCCCUGGGUACCCUCUGCCAAGACCGGGCUGAACAGCGAGAGUCACUGCAGAAACAGGAAGCCAUCCGAGAGGUCGACUCUUCAGAGGAUGACACUGAUGAGGGGCCUGAGAAUAGCCAAGGUGUGCAGGAGCCAAGCUCGGUACCUAACCCAGAAGUAGGCCAGGAUCCACCCCUCAGAGGAGCAGGAGAAGCUGAGGAAGAGAAUGCCUUCUUGCCCAGGGACCUCAGGAGCCAGGGCCCAGGGGACCCAGGCCUAUUGACAGGGGUCACACUGGGAUGUCCCAAAAUGGAAGGCCCUAGUGUCCCCAGAAGAGGCUUGGGAUCCUACAGGCCUUUGAAGAGGCUGCUAGCCCCUAGUCAUCAGCCCCCAGCCUGGGUAGGGCUGGACCCACAGACCCCAUCCCUGCUGAAGGCUGCUGGGAGGCCCCAGGACCUCUACACCCAGGCACUAACAGCACUUUGUCCGAGCUCUUCAGGACUCAUCCCCACCGGUUGCUCUGCUGCCUCUACUUCUGGAGAGCUGGGCCCAUGGUCCUGGAAAUUCCUUAUCGAGGGCCCUGAGAUGGCAUCCCCAAGCAGAAGGGCAACAACAGAAGGUGGGCUGGCCCAGGAUUUGGAAGCAACAACUUCAGUCCACCCUACAAACCUGUCUCCCAGACAGGAGGGGAAGUCAUGGCCACCCAGUGCCCCUGGAGUGGCCCAUCUGCUUUGUGAGGUUCCCAGCCAAAGCUGGCUCUGGGAGCCUCAGUGUGCACAAAGAGAGAAAGAGGAGCCAGCUCUGGGCAUCACCAAAGUGCCUGAUGCCUCAGGUGACAGGAGGCAGGACGUUCCAUGCAAAAGCUGCCCCCUCACCCAGGAGCCCGGGCCCAGCCUGCUCCAGAAGGGCAGAGACCCAGGGGGCCCUCAGAAGCAUUAGGACUUGGCAUUGGCACCCGAUGAGUUUUUAAAGCAAACAUAGCAGUUGUUCGCCAUUUCUUGCACUCAGACCUGUAUAAUACAUACUCUAGGAAACCAUCAAAAAAAUAAAUAAAUAAAAUAAAGGAAAGGCAAACUGUAUCUAUUGCUUUUUGGAAAGAUUCUUGUUCAUUUCAAGAUUGCCCAGUUAAUCUCCAAAGUGGUUUCACCAAAAAGGAAAACUAUAUCUAUUGCUUUUUGGAAAGGUCUUUAUUGCUCAUUUCAGUGACAAAAACCCCAGGAAAUAUUCCAAAAAGUCGAACACAGUGGGAGAAAGGACCCUUGGAGAGGGAAAACCUACAGUCCCAGUUCUCGACCCCGGACUACCUACUAUCGGCAGCACCAGGGAUGGAACCCCCUGGACUGCGCCUGCAUGGGGCGGUGCCCGGGCUGAGCAGGCAUCAGGUCAGGUGCAACCCAGCCUGCUCCUGAGAGAUGAUAAAUCACCUGAGCAGCAACAAGAUGUUCAAGAUCAUGCAGGUUGCAUGCUGCCUACAACUUGCUUAUCUUAACUGCGAGCCCUCCAUCUCCCUGAGGAUUCUCAGACAGACAAUUAGAGCUUUUGAUUAAUCAGUGGCGUCAGUCAUGGAUCAGGCUCUCCUGUUACUCAGCAGUGAGCAGAAUGCACCAGCCUUUGCACCUCCACCGCCCUAGCAUCCGGCCUUGGUGACAAAGUGCUAAAAGCCUCAAGUUGACAUCCACCCUGUCGUGCCCUGGAGCAAAUCCACAUCCACAAAGGGUGACCAGUGAGCCAGCAAAUGCUGCCAGACCACCCACAGGGAAGAACUGCUGUUUGGACUCCGUGGGAUGAAGCAUGCGGAGGGAUGGGGCUUCUUGUUUACAAAUCCUCUCAUUCCAGCUGGCCUAUCCUGACAUGCUCGAAGUUCCAGAGAAUGCACACCUGUGGCCGCCCUCAUUUUGUUUCCACGAGUCAAACAGACAGCAGCUAGCUGUGUGACCUUGGGCCAAUCACUGACUCCUCUGAGCCACAUCUUUUCCAUCUGGGCAGAUCGAACUUGACAGUGCAGAUCCACUUGGUACCCAAAUUCUAUUUUAUUUGUCAGGCUUGAAUGGUAGGCUUCUAACCAAUGCUAGAUAUUCGUCUGUGCCAGACGGUACUAAAAUCAUCCAUUGUAUUGCAUCCACCUUCCAGUGACCCUCUGAGGUAGGUCCUAUUAUUAUGUCCAGUUUUACAUAUAAGGAAACAGUGGCACAGAGACA